CUUAUAAAUUCAAAUUAGCAGGGCAUUAUGGCUGCCGAUUCGUUGCCAAACCAAAACACCGCGUCAGACACAGUACUGGCCAAGGUCGACGAGCGGUACCAGCUAACACAGCUCAAAGAGAGGCUUGCAGAGGCGCUGGGUGACGAUGGGCCUUCGUACUGGAACGCUCUGCGCGACUUUGUGCAGGGCAAGCUGAACCGGCAAGAGUUUGACUUUUACGCGUACAUGUAUCUUCCCGGCAACAAGUCGGCACUGCACAACCAGUUUAUUCUAGCAACCAUCCACAAUGCGCAGAGCGGCCAGGCACCGCCAGACGGAGAGCCUGACAAGGGGUUUGAGCGGCGCAAGCGCGGGCAUGGCGAGAUGCAGGACGACGAAAAGGGGCACAGGCAUGGGAAGCGUAGUAUCAAGGCAAUGCUGGAGGAUCCCAAGUGGCGGUAUGUCAAGGAGCUGGUCAAGUCGAUGAACAAGGGCGAGCGGCGGGCGAUUAAGCUGCUGCUGAGGAAGCCAGACAUCACGCCUGAGAAGGCACAGGAGGCGAUUCGGGCAAUGAAGCCUGUGGUGCUGCCGAUGCCGGCGUCACAGCUGCCGCAGUCAUACGCGAUGGAUAUCGCCAAAGGCAUCACCGCACCGUUGGUAUACGACACCAAGGCAACCCCGGAUGCAGAGUCGCUGAACUACCGCAUGGUUGCGAUUGCGCUGGAGCAGGGGCUGGCGGGCGGCGUCACGAGGGAGUCGGGUGAGCUAUUGCUCUACGCGCUUGACUGCCAUCUAAAGAACAUUGUGUCAAACAUGAUAUACAAGAUCCGGUCAAACCGCGCCCUGGGCAUUCCUGUCAGCAGCGUGGCACCGGACGAGACGCCAGAGGGCAGCCAGCUCACAAACGGCAGAUCACCAGCUGCACAUCCAACGACCGGUGGUCUGCGGCUGCGCGACCGGCUGUAUCACAGCAAGACCACACUGCGGCUCUCGGACCUUGUUUUUUCGUUGGAAAUCAGCCCGAAUGCGACAGUGGAGCCGCCGCUGUGCCUGGAGCGGUGUGGCAAUCUGCUUGCCAACCAGGAGUCAGCAGAGCGCAAUGACGAGGGCGGCGAAGACGCGGUUACCGAUGUGUUUGCGUCAGGCUCAGCAUCGGGCGUCGCCGAUGGUGCUGGCACAGCAACAGCGGUGGAUCGGUUCAGCGGGAUGGUGAUGGAUGAGGAUGACCAGAAGCACCGCCGCAAGAUCCGUCGGCUGCGGGCUCGCUAUGAACGCUGGUUCGGCCCGUAUGUAUCGGUUGAGUACAGCGGCAACAGCAAGCAGUCCAAGGACGCCUGACCACUCUUAUUUCUAGCACAUGCAACCCUGUAUUUGUCUCAAUAAAUGAAGGAUUCAAUUUCCAAAGUCAAAA